AUGAGCCCAAUAUAUGACUUCUACAUUGGCUGUACGGGCCGCAGACACUUGCACUUCCAGCAUCUACAUCAAAAAUAUGGACGUGUUGUACGUUAUGGGCCGAACGAACUUGCAUUCAACACACCACAGGCCUUUCGAGAUAUGUAUGGCUUCAAACGCAAUGUUCGAAAAGCCGAUGCUGUAACGGUCGGAGCCUCGACCAAUCCCGAUGAACAGAGCACUUUCAGUGAACCUUAUACGGAAAGGGCUAUGAGGAAGCGCAAGAUCCUCUCGCAAGGCUUCUCUGAAUCGGCUUUGAAGGCAGCUGAAGAGUAUAUGAUCGACCAGAUAAAAGUACUGUGUAAACAACUUGUGAAUCCCUCGACCGAAAAGGUUAAAGAUCUUUCAUUGUGGUUGAACUAUCUGGCUUACGACAUCAUGGGGGAGGUUGUGUUCGGCAAGAGUUUCAAUAUGAUGACAGAUCCCUCUCUACGUUAUGUCCUUGACCUCAUUGACUCGAUGGUCUUUAGCACGCUUUUGGGGGGAAUCAUGCCAUGGUUUUAUCGCACAGGACUAAUCGGUCUUAUCUUUCCGGGUCUUUUCCAGAUGAGACGACGGUUCAUGUCAUAUGUGGGUGGUGUUGUACAAGAAAGAGUCGCCAAGGAAGGCGAAAGUACGUCUGAAGGACGCAAGGAUUUCUUUCACCAUCUGCUCCGGGCUCGGGAUCCGUCGACUGGCAAGCCUCUUGCUCCGAGUACUCUCUUCGUUGAAGGUCUCCUCCUUAUCGUAGGAGGCAGUGACACAUCCUCGACGGGUCUUGCGGCAACCAUCUUCUAUCUGUUGAAACACAAACGCUGCAUGGAUAAACUAUAUGAAGAGCUUGACAACACUUUUACUGACGUGGAGGCUAUUAAAACCGGGCAGGAUCUGACAAGCUGUGUCUACCUAAAAGCGUGUAUUGAAGAGGCAUUGCGCAUGGCUCCUCCAGGCCCUGGUGUUCUUCCUAGGACUAUCUUGAAGGGUGGAGAAACUAUCGAUGGCGAGUAUCUUCCAGAAGGGACCACAGUUGGCGUCGCAUGGUGGGCGCUGGGCUACAACGCCAAUUACUUCCCAAACCCAGAAGAGUAUCGACCAGAACGAUAUUUGGUCGGUGAAAGCACUACUGAAACCGAGGUAGAGCUUGCGAAGGAGAGCUAUUGGCCUUUUUCAAUGGGACCGCGAAAAUGUCCUGGGAUUAAAAUGGCGUACCAGGAACUAUAUAUCACAAUAGCAAGACUUGUGUACCUUUUCGACAUUACUCCCGAAAACCCUGCUGAGUUGGAACACAACUUUGAGCUCUUGGACCAUUUUAAUGUCAAGAAACAUGGUCCGCUGGCGUCUUUUCAGCUGCGAAAAGGAAAGCACCUAUAG